CCUUCAUCUUCCUCCUUUUUUUUCUUCUGUCUCCUUCAUCCUUUCGAUUUUUCACUAGACAACACAUUGCCAACAGAGGUUCCAAAAGCUUUUAUGCAUUGAACCUGAGCGCAUCGUCUUCAACUUCAUCCUCGCCAUAGACAAACCCUUCUCCAACAUAGUGCUUCAACACAUCGUCUUCAAGUUCUUCCUUGUCGACAAUCCCUUCUCUGUCGCAGUGCUCCAGUGCAUCGUCCUCAACUUCAUCCUCUCGUCGACAACCCCUUCUCCGUCAUGGUGCUCCAGCACAUCGUCCUCAACUUCAUUUUGCUGUGCGGUAGAAUAUGGCGGGAACGGGAAUGGGAAGAGGAAGCGAUUCGCAGAAACAGCUGUUGAGCCUUAUCCGUAAUUUCGCUGCUGAGAAAUCUCAAGGAGAACGAAGAGUGGUGAAUCUGAGAAAGCAAAUCGAGAAGCUUAAAUCUGAGCUGAGCGAGGCCAAUGCGGAGCUUGAAAAUGCGAAGCGCUGCAAAGAACUUGUCGAACAGGAUCUUAAAGGCUUCGAAGUUCAAUUGAUGUUGACUGAAUCUUCCGCUCAAACGCUAGAGGCGAGAGUAUCUCUAAUUCAAAACCACAUCUCUGCCGUCGGAUCUGAUUUGGAAACUCUCAAGAGUGAAGAAGCAGAUUUGCGUGAGCAAUUCUUCCACAACAUGCUUCAUAUGAAUGGCAAGAUAAGGAAAUUUCAAGAGAGCAUUAUUACUUGCGACAUUGAUUCAACAGCUUCCACAGAUGCAUCACAAGUAACAAUGAAAGAGAAUGAUGCUGAAGUUGCUAUAAUGGCUCUUGAAAGUACACUUUUAGAGGUAGUAUCUCAAAUUGCUAAAGAGGAUGAGGAAUACCAAGCAGAACAAAAAAAUUAUGAGAAUGUUCAGCAGCAAUUGAUUGAUUGUGAAAAAAAGGUGUCUUUAAUGAGCAUGAUAGUCAUGGAAACAAAAGAAUUGCAGGAUUUGACCUUGCAGUCAUCUAAAUUGGAAGCGGCAUACAGCUCACUUGGUGAGGAGCUCCAAAGGAGAUGUGUGUGUCCUAGUUGUCAUCUGGACAAUUUGGAUUCUUUCAGUGAACUUCUGGCAAAUAUGGAGAAAUGACAUUGUGUAAGUCUACUUCUCGACCAAACAUUUAAGAUGUUGAUAUCAUCGCAUUGUAAUGAUACUGAAGUAGACUUUGCUCAUAUUGUGUAGUUUAAGUUUGAGUAGACCUUUCAUUCUACUUAAGACAAAUGAAGACUUGUUUGUAAGGAAAUAAAAAACAGAACAAAUUGGUAUACAUUAUUGCAUUAUACUGAUUUUUAUUUCUUUUGUUUGCAAUUUUAUGUUGUAAUAUUUUCUGAGUUGGCCAGACUUCUUCACAAA